UGGUGAUUGUCAGUUAAUUUCUUGUAUAAUUUUACAGAGAAAAAUGCCGUCUCUUCAAACAGCAUUGCCUCCUGAGCUCGCCAACAAUGCUAUCAGGCUUUAUCGUGAAUGCUUGAGACGAGCUAAAUAUAUUGGUCAAAAGAAAUACAAUACUGAACUUCUUACUGGUAUGGUUAGAGAGCAGUUCAAAAAGCACAUGCACGAGACUGAUCCAGAGAAAAUUCAGAAUCUUAAGGAUGAUGCUGCGAGGGGAUUGAUAAACCACAUGCUAUACGAGUCUGAGAACUUGUCUGGGAGAAAAUUCAGCAAAAGCUCGUCAACCUAAUUCGAAGCUCAACUUUGAACGUUUACCUGAUAAUUAAUUAGUGCCCAUCCCAAGUUUUGGUAUCACAUAAGCUUUUGAUGAGACGGAUUUGUGUGUCGUUCAACACGAGGCGUGCUCUUGAAACUGUUUUAUGCAUAAGUUGUGUGAGGCGUGCUCUUACUGAAUUUGUUGGAUGAUGCAAUUUAUGUUCUUGCAAAAUGGAUUUUUACAUUCAUUAAUAAAAAAAUCGAACAAUGGGUUUGCUUUU